AUGGCUGGAAGUGAAGCCACCAAAACUACUAGUGCUACAAUCACCACUACCACCCCCACCACCACCACCACCAAUACGGCUCAAUCACGUCGACCAGCGGUCCGGAGAUUCGUCGGGGUCCGCCAAAGACCAUCGGGGCGAUGGGUGGCCGAAAUCAAGGACUCGUCUCAACGAGUCAGGCUAUGGCUUGGGACAUACGACACACCGGAAGAGGCCGCCAGAGCCUACGACGAAGCUGCCCGCGCCCUCCGAGGCGAGAAUGCUCGCACCAACUUUGCACCACCGCCAGCCGACGCCAACAACUCAGUACCAUGCUCAUUAAUCCCCUCUCCUUCCGGUGCUGGAUCUGCCGGCGGCCCCGAAGGCCGGCAGGGACUGAGCUUCUCUUCUAUCAAGGCCAAAUUGAGUAAGAAUCUUCAGAGCAUCAUGGCGAGGACAAGCGAGAAUAAUAGCAACAAGUCAAAAAGUAGGGUUAGCGACCACUUUACCUUCGCUAGUAUAUUCCAUUUCAGGAAUAAGUACUACCCAGAUCAUCAUCAUCAGUAUCAAAACUCCAUGAUGAUGAUGAGAAACAUGAAUAUAGAUCAGACAGUGGUGCAGCCGAGUAUUGUCGUUCCUCAUGUCGUCCAAGACCAAACGACGUCGUGUUCAUCGUCGUCUUGGGAGACUUCGAGCGUUUCGGAUUGCAGCCCUGAAUGGGUAGGGUUCCGGCAAGCAGGCGGGUUCGAUUCGGAUGGGUCGGAUAUCGGGGAAGGGUUUUUGGAUCAUCAAAUGAAUGGUAACAAUUUGGGGUACUGGAUGGAUAGCCCGGAGAUGAGUGUGUGUAAUAGUAACAGUAGCAGUAAGAGGUUCAAGGUUUCUUCUUCUGUGGUGGUGCCUCCAACGUUCAGUGCUACUACUAAUACGUCGCCGUUUUUAUAUGACGGUGAUCACGAGAUUAUGAAUUCAAAUUAUGGGGUAUAG